AUGGAGUACAUCCCGCCCGAAGCGGUCGAAAAUGCUGCGACGAAGGUCCUCGCGGCCAUCUGGCCAAUGGUCGUCAUAUCAACAAUCUUCUUCGCCCUUCGAAUCUAUUGCCGGGUCACCCGAAGUGGUCAGACGUGGUGGGACGACUACAUCCUCGGCCUGGGGUGGCUACUUCUCUUAACGGCAGCCGCUGUCCUGACUGAAGCGAUGCUCUUGGGCCACCUAACGCACCACGAGAAAGAUCCCUUGAAAGUGGGCGUGUUAGUCCGCACGACACACACCUGCCAUUUGCUCUCACUGGCCUUAACGAAGGCGUCAUUUGCCGUCACACUGCUGCGGUUCUCGUCGAAAAUACAGAAAUACAUCAUCUGGUUCAUCAUUGCCAGCAUUGGCUUUCUCUUCAUCUUCCAUGUAUUUGCACAGUGGAAGAAAGUCUGCGGAGAUAUAUCACCAUACGUGCUUCCCGGACAGUGUUGGGAUGUCAAGAACCCGGGCAUCAUCAACAUUGUCAGCUCUUUAGGCAAUGUAGCCUAUUCGGCUCUAACCGAUUUCGUUCUCGCGUUUCUGCCCUGGAGAGUCAUUUGGGGGUUGCACAUGAACAGGGCUGAAAAGAUCAGCGUCAGCGUUGCAAUGAGUUUUGGCGUAAUUGCUGGCGUGACGGGCAUCAUGAAGGCUGUACAGAGUGUCACCACCAUGAAUCCUUUGGACAAGAAGUUUCUUCAUAAUAUUCUUCUCUUCUGGGUAUUCUCCCUCGCCGAACCGAGCUCGACCAUCAUCGCGGCCUCCGUCCCAGUCCUGCGCGUUCUCAUCCGCGACGCCAGUCGCUCUACCAACUAUGCUGGCUCCUCUCCAGGGCCCAACGGAUACCUCAAGUCCACGAACAGCAAGUUUCAUGUUCACUCGCAGGCAGCAACCAGACGGACAGCAGUCCACCCGUCGGAGGCUGCACUCGAUGACGCUGACAGCGACCGAAGCAUUCUCGGCAAUGAUCAUCAAAAAUUCCCGACAGGUAUUGCGAUGACGACAGAGAUAAGUGUUGAGUUCGAAGAUGGAGGCGGGCAGCAGCAAAAAGGAAACGAUUCGUAUGAGAUGCAGCCGCCGCGGCUGACGCGACGGACGUCUGUGUUGGGGGGCGAUGCCGGGAGGUCGGUUUCUCGUCAAGUGUAG